AUGGCUUCGCGGAGAAUAUCGCAAUUGGCCGGUGCCGUGCGCUCGACGCCCAUCAUCGCCCGUCCUCAGAGCUGCCGCUGCUUCUCGUCGAUACGUACCGCCAGCAGACCAGUCACCGUCGCCUCAACUUCUUCUCUAUACCGUCUGGACUCGCUGCGAUCCAAAUACGAUGUCCUCCCACGAUCCUUCGGCCAGAUACGUACAUACGCCGAUGCAGUGGUCAAGGUGCCUCAGAUGGCCGAGUCGAUCUCGGAGGGAACCCUGAAGCAGUUCUCAAAAGAGAUCGGUGACUACAUCGAGCAGGACGAGGAAUUGGCUACCAUUGAGACCGACAAGAUCGACGUAACUGUCAACGCUACCCAAUCUGGAAUCAUCCGCGAAUUCUUUGCCGCCGAAGAAGAUACCGUCACCGUCGGACAGGAUCUCGUCCGUCUCGAACUCGGUGCUGCCCCAGAGGGUGCUAAGGCUGAAAAGGCCGAGAAGCCCGCUGAAUCAGAACAGCCAAAGGAGGAGUCCAAGCCCGAACAGCCAAAGGAACAGCCCAAGGAAGAGGCUGCUCCAGCCAAGUCUGAGACUGCUGCCCCAGCUCCAACUCCCGCUCCAGCCCCCAAGCAGGCGAAGAAGGCUGCUGCUCCAGAACCGGCCGCCGCCAAAUCUACUCCCGGAAACAGAGAUGAGCGCAGAGUAAAAAUGAACCGUAUGCGCCUGCGUAUCGCCGAACGUCUAAAGCAAUCCCAAAACACCGCCGCCUCCCUCACCACCUUCAACGAAGUCGACAUGUCCUCUCUCAUGGAAUUCCGCAAACUCUACAAGGAAGACGUCCUCAAGAAGACCGGCGUCAAGCUUGGAUUCAUGAGCGCCUUCUCCCGCGCCUGCGUGUUGGCCAUGAAGGACGUUCCAGCUGUUAACGCUUCGAUCGAGGGACCCAACGGUGGCGACACCAUUGUCUACAGAGACUACGUCGAUAUCAGCGUUGCCGUCGCUACCGAGAAGGGACUCGUCACCCCCGUCGUGCGCAACGUUGAGAAUAUGGGACUCGUAGAGAUCGAGCAGUCUAUUGCUGAUCUCGGCAAGAAGGCCCGCGACAACAAGUUGACUAUUGAGGAUAUGGCCGGCGGUACCUUCACCAUCAGCAACGGUGGUGUCUUUGGCUCCCUCAUGGGAACCCCAAUCAUUAACCUGCCACAAACUGGUGUCCUUGGCCUGCACGCUAUCAAGGACAAGCCCGUCGUCGUCAACGGCAAGAUCGAAAUCAGACCAAUGAUGUAUCUCGCCCUUACAUACGACCACAGACUCCUCGACGGUCGGGAGGCUGUUACUUUCUUGGUCAAGAUCAAGGAAUACAUCGAAGACCCCCGCCGCAUGCUCCUGGGUUAA